UGGUGUUUGUUUUGAAUGCUAAUAUAAUUUAUAUUUAGUAUGAUGAUAAAUAUAUCAGAUUACUUGUUUGAUGUUCAGACUUCCAGAAAAAUGUCUUGUGAUCUUCCUGCUCUGCGGAUUUGCGCGGACGGUUUGACGUCACCCUCCUCCCACUCGAUUGAUAUUCAUUAGGUCGUGAGCGGCGUGUCGUUGCGUGGUGACGUAGCACGGUCACUGCGGGUCCCGAUUGCUGCAGCCGCUUGUCAGAGUGACGAAGAUUGGCACCCAGUAUACGUGGUGUUCUACCUGAUGAUGCUUCAGUGUGCAUAGUAUCUUCAGUAACCAUGAUGGCAACACAGUCAGUAUCCGUAGACAAUUACCAGGAAGGGCAACCGAUGCAAGUUAUUACACAGGCAGAUGCUGAAGCCAGUCCUGGGGGUGGCAGCCCAGCCCCUGCCGAACCACAGACACCAAUGGAUGCUGAUAAAGAAGCAAUAUACAGGCAUCCUCUCUUUCCAUUGUUGGCAUUACUUUUUGAGAAAUGUGAGCAGUCAACCCAGGGCUCAGAGUGUAUUACUUCUGCCAGUUUUGAUGUGGACAUUGAAAACUUUGUCAGGAUACAGGAAAAAGAAGGAAAGGCAUUUUUCAGUGAAGAUCCAGAUCUAGAUAAUUUGAUGGUGAAAGCUAUUCAGGUCCUGCGCAUACAUCUGCUAGAAUUGGAAAAAGUGAAUGACCUCUGUAAAGACUUCUGUAGUCGCUACAUUGCCUGUCUGAAGACGAAAAUGAAUAGUGAAACAUUGCUAAGUGGAGAUCCAGGCAGUCCUUAUUCGCCUGUACAGUCACAGAAUUCUGGCCCUUUUGCUGGUACUCUCAGUCCCCAGGGAAUUGUGGUUCCUGCUUCAGCACUGCAGCAAGGGAAUGUAACCUUUGCAACAGUUAACCCAACACAAGUUGUUGCAGGUGGCACAGUGUAUCACCCUGUGACUGUCGUUACACCACAAGGCCAAGUAGUAACACAGGCUUUGUCACCAGGGACAGUGCGCAUCCAGAAUACACAGCUCCAGCUCCAGUUAAAUCAGGAUCUGAGUAUCUUGCAUCAUGAAGAUAUGUCCUCCAAAAACAAACGAGGAGUGCUGCCCAAGCAAGCCACCAAUGUAAUGAGAUCCUGGCUGUUCCAGCACAUUGGACACCCUUAUCCAACAGAAGAUGAGAAGAAGCAGAUUGCUACCCAGACUAAUUUGACACUGCUUCAAGUUAAUAACUGGUUCAUCAAUGCCAGGAGGAGAAUCCUCCAGCCCAUGCUGGAUGCUAGUUGUUCUGAAACUCCAAAGACAAAGAAGAAAACUGCACAAAAUAGGCCCCUUCAGAGGUUCUGGCCUGAUUCUAUUGCAUCUGGUGGCACCCAACAACAUUCCUCAGAAAUCACAAUGUCUGAAGAUGGUGCCACAUUAGCAGUGCAGCAGGUCAUGAUGGGCGGACACAGUGAAGAUGAUUCUGUGGAGAGUGGAGAGGAUGACCUUUCAACAACAAACAUAAGUGGGCUUGGAUUGGAAACAAGCGAUUCACUGCAGUAGACCCAGCAGAGUAACAAGGAAAGAAUCUGAAAAUAUAUUGUGAAUAAAAAUAGGACUUGCAGUAUGUUUUUUUGUUUGCACAGCAAACAUUUACACAGGGCGUUUUAUUUCUGAAAUGUUUUAUACUUAGUUACAGAGGGGUGCACUUUUUUGUAUUUCUAAUACUAAACAAACAAAAGUGUUAUAAGGAGUGCUUAAAUAAAAAGCUUUGAAAGAUGGACAAUACUGAUUUCAGUAGGGAUGGAAACACUUAUAUAUAACUGUAGUUAUUUCAUACAUUUAGCAUGCCUGUAUAUCACUAGCUGUGCUUACAAAGCAAAUAAACACAGGGCCAUAUUUGCCCUAUGUUGUCCACAAGAUUUAAAACAAAUAAAAAAUUAAGCUAUUUUUAUAAAAUGAAGCGCAGAAAAUAAUGGGUUUGUUUUGUUUUUUAGGAAUUUAUGUAUAAAGACAAAAAAAUGUAAAAGAAGCCAUCCUUUUCAGGUUGAAGUGGAUGUUUUUAAAAUAAAUAAAAAAUCUAACAGCUAAUUAAAUCAGUUUAAAUAAGCCUUAAACUAACUGGCUAAGAAGUCUAUAUAGCCAGUUUAUAAAACUGAAUUUUUAGUGUUGAAAUUAAUUUUAAAUAACAAAACCAUGGGGAUUCAGUAAAUGUUUCUGCAUUUCAGUGUGUUAUUGGCUUUACAAGAUACAGGAGUACUUCAAUCUAUUUGUAAUUUUUCUCAGUAAUUAGAUAUUUGCAUUUUUAGUGUAGGUUUCAUGCUCUGUAAUAUGUAUUUUCCUAUUACUUGUCCAGUAAAAUUGCCAAAUUAGUUUUUUGUUAAAUAAAAAAUGCAUUUACACACAG